UAAGAAGAAUACUGAAGUCCGCCGCCGUGAACUCCUGGAAGCCAUUUCCUCACCUUUGCUAGAAUAUUUGCAAGAACAUACCCAAGAAGUAGUGAUAGACAAAGCUACCUUUGUCUUGGUUGCUGACAUCUUAAGAACAGCUCAUGGUGACAUCCAGCCUGCACUAGAUGCAAUUGCUAAUUUAGCAGCGGAAGAGCUGGUUCCAGGUGGCCGUGAUGGGCAGCUUCACAUUGCAGAGCAUCCAGCAGGCCAUCUAGUUUUGAAAUGGUUAAUAGAGCAAGAUGAAAAAAUGAGAGAGAGUGGAAAAGAAGUUUGCUUCGGAAGAACGUUGGUGGAACGUGUUGGUAUUGAGAAUAUGAAGACCUGGGCAGAAGUAAAUCGAGGUGCCAUUAUUCUUUGUUGCCUUCUCCGGAGCACUGAUCAAGAAGUGGCAAAUACAGUCAAAAGAGGACUGAAAAAGCUUGUCCCAAAGUUGAAGCUGAAUAAAAGUGUGAAAGGAAUAGAAGCAUUACUGGAGAAAUUGACUUCCUAGUGUAAAUGAAGCUAAAAAGACAAUUUACAUCAAUGCAACCGAGAGUUGGUAAGAUUUUGCAUCAUGGUUGUUCUAAGAAGCAGUGUAUGCAUUUGUAAAUUAAAUAAUUUCUAAAACAA